AAAAUAGCAAUGGCGACCAAAGCCAUUCAUAAUAUAACUUAAAGCCUUGUCAUUUGCGGGGAACAUGGCUAGCUAACAAACGCUCCUCUCUCUAUUUUCCAAACUCCAAAGUACACAGAAACACAACACAGCACUACCAAACAAACAAAUGCUGUCAGCCCCUGAACCUAAAAACUCACUUUAACCUCUCACAAUCACCACCAUCAUCACCACCACAAUUCCAAUAAUAACAUCAACACCUUCUCCAACAACACACACCUCCAAAUGGCAACAACGGUUACAUUUUUCACCCUCAGACUCGUCGCUUUCUUCGCCUUCUUAACCAUAACCAUAACCAUAACCACUGCGCAGAACACCACUGCUUCGGAGAUUCAAGCCUUAACAGCAUUCAAGCGCAACCUCCAUGACCCUCUGGGUUCCCUCGACGGCUGGGACUCUUCCACGCCCUCUGCACCCUGUGACUGGCGCGGCAUUGUCUGUCUCAACAACCGAGUUCACUACCUCCGUCUUCCCCGUCUCCAGCUCGCCGGUGAACUCUCUCCCUCCCUCUCCAAUCUCCUCCAACUCCGUAAACUCAGCCUCCACUCCAACAAUCUCAACUCCUCCAUCCCUCCCUCCCUCUCUCAAUGCCUCUUCCUACGCGCAGUUUACCUCCACAACAACCGCCUCUCCGGUCACCUUCCUCGACAGCUUCUCAACCUCACCAACCUACAAAUUCUUAACCUUGCCCACAAUCUAUUCACCGGAGAAAUCCCGGACCAGCUUUCCGUCUCCCUACGUUUUUUAGACCUAUCUGAUAAUGCCUUCUCCGGCGAUAUUCCGGCUAAUUUCUCAUCAAAGUCUCAGCUUCAACUCAUGAAUCUCUCUUACAACAGGUUGAGUGGAGGAAUUCCUGGUUCACUGGGAAAGUUGCAAAAUCUGCAAUUUCUUUGGUUAGACUCUAACCAUAUUCAUGGAACUUUUCCGUCUGCCAUUGCCAACUGUUCCUCUCUAGUUCACCUUAGUGCAGAGGACAAUGUUCUGACCGGACUUCUUCCUCUUACGUUAGUAACCAUACCAAAACUUCAGGUACUUUCACUUUCAGGGAAUCAACUUUCCGGUUUGGUUCCCAAGUCCUUUUUCUGCAACAGUCACCUACAAAGCUUGAAUCUUGGUUUCAAUUCCUUUACGGGGUUUUCUGCACCUCAAAGUGAAGAAUGCAAUAGUAUUUUAGAAAUUUUGGAUGUUCAAGAAAAUCACAUUGCUCCCACAAGAUUUCCCUCGUGGUUGACCCGGACUACAAAAUCGUUGAAGGUGCUUCAGCUCUCGGGAAAUUUCUUUACUGGUUCUCUCCCUGUUGAUAUUGGUAACUUUUUAGCUUUGGAAGAGCUUAGAGUCGCAAAUAAUUUGUUAUCUGGUGGUAUUCCGCCUAGCAUUGUGAAUUGUAGGUUGUUAAAGGUUUUUGAUCUUGAGGGGAACCGUUUCUCUGGGUUAAUUCCUGAAUUUCUCGGGGAUAUGAGAAACCUAAAGGAGUUUUCUCUUGCCGGUAACCUUUUUACCGGUUCGAUUCCUUCUAGUUUUGGAACACUUUCUGCACUAGAGACGCUUAAUUUGAGUGACAAUAAGUUGACGGGUGUGGUGCCUAAGGAGAUCAUGAAACUGGAGAACGUGACUGAAUUGAAUCUCAGCAAUAACGAGUUUUCGGGUCAACUUUGGUCAAAUAUUGGGGACAUGACGGGUUUGCAAGUUCUUAAUUUGAGUCGAUGUGGGUUUUCAGGAAGGGUUCCUGCUUCGUUGGGGAAUUUAAUGAGACUAACGGUUCUGGACUUGAGCAAGCAGAAUCUCUCGGGUGAGUUGCCCCUUGAGGUUUUUGGGUUACCUAGUCUGCAAGUUGUGGCACUUCAAGAGAACCGUUUGAGUGGUAAAGUUCCUGAGGGGUUCAGCAGCAUAGUUAGUCUGCGAUAUCUUAAUCUCAGCUCUAAUGAAUAUGUUGGUGACAUUCCAAUGACUUACGGGUUCCUCAGUUCUUUAACUAUUCUCUCUCUGUCUCACAAUAGUGUUUCUGGUGAGAUACCGCCAGAGAUUGGUGGUUGUUCGCAACUUGAAGUAUUACAGCUGCAGUCAAAUUUUCUACAGGGUAACAUUCCUGGUGACAUCUCUCGGCUAUCUCAUUUAAAGGAGCUUAAUUUGGGGCACAAUAGGUUGAAAGGUGAUAUCCCAGAUGAGAUAUCUGAGUGUUCUGCCUUGAGUUCACUCUUGUUGGAUGGUAAUCACUUCACGGGUCGCAUUCCCGGUUCCUUGUCAAAACUGUCUAAUUUGACCGUGUUGAACCUUUCUUCAAAUCUUUUGAAUGGGGAAAUUCCCGUUGAACUGUCAAGCAUUUCUGGUUUGGAGUAUUUAAACGUGUCUAGUAAUAAUCUUGUGGGUGAGAUUCCAUACGUGCUUGGUGCCAGAUUCAAUAACCCUUCCGUGUUUGCAAUGAACCAAGGUUUGUGCGGGAAGCCCUUGCAGAGGGAAUGUGCAAAGGUGAGAAGGAGAAAGAAGAGAAGGCUAAUAAUGUUGAUAGGCGUGGGAGUGGCUGGCUUGUGCCUUUUGGCGUUGUGUUGUUGUGGGUAUGUUUACAGCCUCUUGAGGUGGCGGAAGAAGCUUCGAGAAGGGGUGACGGGUGAGAAGAAACGGAGCCCCUCAACAAGUGCAGGUAGUAGAGGGAGCGGUGAAAACGGAGGACCAAAGCUAGUGAUGUUUAACAACAAGAUCACGUACGCGGAGACAUUGGAAGCAACGAGAAACUUCGAUGAAGAGAACGUGUUAAGCAGGGGAAGAUAUGGCCUCGUGUUCAAAGCCUCCUUCCAAGAUGGAAUGGUUCUCUCCAUUCGUCGCUUCGUUGAUGGGUUCUUAGACGAGGCUAACUUCCGCAAGGAAGCAGAAUCACUGGGCAAAGUGAAGCAUCGAAACUUGACAGUUCUUCGUGGUUACUAUGCGGGUCCACCAGAUGUGAGACUUCUUGUGUAUGACUACAUGCCCAAUGGAAACCUUGGCACACUGCUUCAAGAGGCGUCUCAGCAAGAUGGCCAUGUGCUGAAUUGGCCAAUGCGUCACCUCAUUGCACUGGGAAUUGCUCGAGGGCUAGCUUUCUUGCACUCGGUACCAAUAGUUCAUGGUGAUGUGAAGCCUCAAAAUGUUCUUUUUGAUGCGGAUUUUGAAGCCCAUUUGUCUGAAUUUGGAUUGGAGCGGUUGACAGUGGCAGCAGCGGCAGAAGCAUCGUCGUCGUCGACUCCAGUAGGGACAUUGGGGUAUGUUUCAGCAGAAGCUGUAUCGAGUGGGGUGGCGACAAAGGAGAGUGAUGUUUAUAGCUUUGGGAUAGUGUUGUUGGAGAUACUAACGGGGAAGAAACCGGUGAUGUUCACGGAGGAUGAUGACAUAGUGAAGUGGGUGAAGAAGCAGUUACAAAGGGGCCAAAUAUCGGAGUUGUUGGAGCCAGGGUUGCUUGAGCUAGACCCAGAGUCAUCGGAAUGGGAAGAGUUUUUGUUGGGUGUGAAAGUGGGUCUCCUCUGCACAGCAACGGAUCCUCUUGAUCGACCGUCAAUGUCGGACGUUGCUUUCAUGCUACAAGGUUGCCGGGUCGGACCGGAAAUCCCGUCAUCGGCCGAUCCCACAACACUACCUUCUCCUGCUUGAUUUUUUUAUUUUAUUUUAUUGUUGAUGAAAUUGUAUUGUUACUUUUCUGAAUUGAAUUAAAUUAUCCAAA